AUGUGCUCGCUGCCCCGCGGCUUCGAGCCCCCGGCGCCCGAGGCCUUGGGGCGGCGGAGUUCGGCGGAGCUGCGGGACAUGUUGAGGCGCCAGGAGAGACUUUUGCGCAACGAAAAAUUCAUUUGCAGAUUGCCCGACAACGGUAAAAAGAUCUUAGACUCUGUUGUCAAACUGAAAGCUGCCAUUGCAGAACGGGAAGAAGUUAGAGGAAAAAGUGAACUGUUUCAUCCUAUUAGUUUAGACUGUAAACUGAGGCAAAAAGCAAUCGCAGUUGAUGUGGACACAGAUAAAGCCCAGAAUUCUGACCAGAUACUUGAUACUUCACUAGUUCCUGGCUCUUCUUCUUUAGAUAACAUCACAUCAUCUAAAACAACCUCACAACAGGGACUUGUGCAUUCUAGUCACAAAGAUGAUGAAAAAGCUCCUCAGAUUGGGUACCCAGUGAACAAGUGCCCGGCUUCCAGCCCCAGAGCCACUGCACCUUCCUCACCCGAAGCCAGUGAGUGUCUGCCUCAGCAUCCUGGGUCAGGUCCAGCAGAAGAUAAUCCUACCGGCUCCGAGGACCUCUUUAUUAACCGGUUACAAAGAAUCACAAUCGUGGACCCAGAUGAGCAACAUUCGGAAGAAAACACGAGGACUGAGAACUUGACAGGCCUUCGUAGUGGGACCCAGAAGAAACCUCAUUACAUGGAAGUGCUAGACAUGCGAGCCAAAAACCCAGUGCCCCCACCACGUAAAUUUAAAACUAAUGUGUUACCUUCACAACAGAAUGAUUCACCGAGUCAUCGGCAGAGAAGAGGGUCUCCUGUUUCCUCAGAGGAAAGGCUGCGCAGGGAUAAGCAGCAUCUCGAUGACAUCACAGCGGCUCGGCUCCUACCACUGCACCACCUGCCUGCACAGCUGCUCUCCAUAGAAGAGUCUUUGGCACUUCAGCAACAGCAGAAACAGAGUUAUGAGGAGAUGCAAGCAAAGCUCGCAGCACAAAAAUUAGCUGAAAGACUGAAUAUUAAAAUGCAGAGCUAUAAUCCAGAAGGGGAGCCUUCGAGGAAAUACCGAGAAGUAAGGGAUGAAGAUGAUGACCAGUUCUCUGAUGGUGAAUUCUGA